UAAGGCCGCCAGCUGCCACCAGUUUGGUUCCAGGUCUCAUCCCCGUCAGUCUAGCUGAUUUGCCUCAGUUUUCUCUCUGCUAUUUUGCAUGUUGCUCCUAUUUUAUUGGCCAUUUCUUAUAUAAGCCCUGCAGCUGACCGCUGGAGCAUUGCACAAUCCGGGGCAGCAGCGUCGAUCGAUUUCACACACCGCUGACUGCUGGGCAAGUGACUUCCGGCUUUUGGCCAAGCCCCGAAAAGUGGCCAACUAUAAAUGGCUAUGUUGUUGUCAAAAUGCUGCCACAAAUUUGACGAGACUGCAACGCGAUGGACCUGCCAAUCGGGAACUUAAAAGGACUGCCAAAGAUGCAACUGCUGCUCCUGCAAUUGGCGUUGCUCGCUUCGCCGGCCUUCUUGCAGCAGCAGCCACAUGUCUUCUACCACCCAAGACAAUUGUACUACGAUUCGCCGCGGCUUCGGCGAUUUGAGUAUGCUGCAGCUGCCACGCCCAUUGUGGGCGGCUACAGUCCGGCGCCUCCGCCGGCUAUUCACUUCCAGCAGCAGACACCGCACUUCCAGCUGAUCAACUACCGACCCAGCUAUCAGCCCUUGGGCUUGGACUACCAGCAGCAGCAGUUGCCCGCUCCCGCCCCGCCCCUUCCGCCCCUCUACUCGCAACAGAGUGUCCAGUAUCAGCAGCGGACCAUCGCUCCACAUGCCGAGUUGGCCAAAUAUCGAUAUGAAGGGAACUAUCUGCCGGUGCAGCGGGUCUCGCUGCAGCAGCCUCAACGUCGCGCCGAGGAGCAACAGCAGUUGCAGCAGCAAAACUUGCAACAGCAGCAGCAGCCGCAGCAACUCUACAAUGUGCCACCGGCUCUGUUUACCAGCGAUGUGUUGCAUGUGAUUCCACCGCGCAUCGCCAGGUUGCAGGAGCAGCAGCAGCAACCCUCGUCGAAUGUCCAAACCGAACGACCCAGGAGGUACGCCAAGGAUCUGGACACGGAUGUGGCGGAAACCCGAAGUCAAAGCGACAGGAGUGCCAAGGAAACCAAGUACUUUCAUGAUAUUUUCAUGCGCUUCGAUGCGCCCGAUUCGCGGAGUCAUGGCCACGUCCUGAAGCAUCCGAAGGCCCAGGAAAAGCGAUUCGAGUCCCAGCGUGGCACGAACCGCUACAAGGGCGAGGUGAUUUGGACAGAUCGUCAAGGAGGCCACGGCGAACAUCGUUGGGACAUGGCGCAGGGAAAACUCUGAGAUCCGACCUCGAUUUGCAUACUCCAGCCCAGAGCACUCCCCCUUCCGAA